CGGGGACUGCGGAGGUGCGGCGGGCGCGGGGCGGGAGGCGUCACCGGAGGCGGAGGGGGCGGAGCCGCGCUCGCAGCUGCCACCCGGCCGCCGGGCCCAGGCAGACGACACCCGCCCGCGGCCGGGCACGCACCGCGCGCAGACACUCUCCGAACAAUGCUCGGCGGCGCCCGGCCGGGCGGCGGGCGACUCGGAGACCCACGGCGCGGCUGGAGAAGCGCAGUCCGGAGGAAGCCACUCUGUGACCUACCCCUGCCACCCGCAAGACCACGCCAGGAAGCUGGGUGCAAGAUGAACCAGCAUACCUUCGGCUCAAGAUGCACAAGACCCUCCAACUGAACCCCGAGAGCCCAAAAAUGUCUGCGUGCAGUGACUUUGUGGAGCACAUUUGGAAGCCCGGGUCCUGCAAGAAUUGCUUCUGCCUGCGGAGCGACCACCCCCUGGCAGCUGGCCAGCCCCAGCCACGAGCGGGCAACUUGCCUCCACCGCGCCUGCCCCCCCGGCCUGAGCACUGCCGCCUGGAAGAUGAGGGCGUGAACAGCUCGCCCUAUUCCAAGCCCACCAUUGCUGUGAAGCCCACCAUGAUGAGCUCCGAGUCCUCAGAUGUGUGGACAGAGGCCAACCUGAGUGCCGAAGUCUCCAAGGUCAUCUGGCCUGGCAAGCUCCCCCUCCCGAAGCAGGAGGACGUGCCCCUCGUCUACCGGGGCAGUUUCCGCAGCGUGCAGAAACCCGCCGGGCCCUCUGCCUCCGCGAACGGCAACGCUUGCUGUCCCCCUGCUUACGCCAUGGUUGGACUCGAGGCCCGGGGGGAAAAGAGCCUGGCUUUCCACCCGGUGAGCUUCCCAGAUGAGCAGGGUGGGCGAGAAGACAGACCUUCGGCUCCCUACCAAGACCUGCCCUCUGCUCAGGAGAGCUUCCGCCAGAAACUGGCAGCUUUUGCAGGGGCAGCAUCUGGCUGUCACAAGAGCCCCUAUCCCUCUCCUCAACCCCUUCGGGAGUCUCUGCCCUCAGAGGAUGACAGUGAUCAAAGGUGCUCACCCUCUGGGGACAGCGAAGGAGGAGAGUACUGCUCCAUCCUGGACUGCUGCCCGGGGAGUCCCGUUGGCAAAGAUGGACAGGCAGAGGACCACCGGGGCAGACGCGGCGCUCGGGACUGCUCCCCAAGGAGGUGUUGGGAGCAGGGACCGUGUGCCAGGGCCACUGAAGAGAAGAAGCAGAUUCUGAGCUUCUCCAGGGAGUGCUGUAAACAGAGCCUGCCUGCAAACCCCACCCGCCCGGGCCCCAAGAAGUCGUCUCUCACUCCGGAGGCUGCCAGCUCCUCCGAUGGCCUCUCCUGUGGCAGUGGCAGUAGCCGCGCCAGCAGCCCCUGUGCCCCGCACCUGGAGAGCGAUUAUUGCUCUCUCGUGAAGGAAGCAGUGCCAGGGAAGCAUCAGGACCCCAGCUGCCAUGAGAUGACUUCCAGCAGAUGCCUUGGGGCAGCCAGUGAGCCCCAACCUCUGGCCCACCCCAGGGAGGCCACUCAGCCUGAACCCAUCUAUGCUGAGAGCACCAAAAGGAAGAAGGCGGUUCCAGCGUCUUCCAGGCCACAGCCCAAAGCAGAACAGACAUCACCUGCCCAGAGCCAGGCCCAGGCCCAGGUACCGACAGGUCACAACACCUGGUCUCAGAAAACAGCAUCGGGCUGGGGCCAGAACAGCUCAGACCUGGCUCCCCAGGUGGCAGCCACCAUCACCGUCAUGGCGGCCCACCCGGAGGAGGACCAUCGGACCAUUUACCUGAGCAGCCCUGACUCUGCAGUGGGGGUGCAGUGGCCACGUGGACCUGUAAGCCAGGACUCCCAAGCAGGAGAAGGGAAGACUUCAGCCAGGCAGGGGCUGAGCUCCAGGGAAAGCCGUGCUCAGGAUGCCAGUGGAAACAUGCCCAAGGGCAGACCUGCCAUUCCUCCCAAGCUAUCCAAGAGCAGCCCUGGAGGGUCCCCAGUGUCACAGUCCCCCGACCUUGGCGAGGGGAGCUCUGGCAGUGGUGGUGGCAGUGGGGCCCAGCCUCCAUCCAGAGGCACCGUGGAUGCUGCUUCUUUCUGCCGGACCAACAGUGACCCUGCCCGGUACCCCCCGCCAGCUGCUGCCUCCUCCUCUGCCUUGGACCAGAGGCGGCCCAGGUUCCAGACCGGCACCUGGAGCCGUCAGUGCAGAAUAGAGGAGGAGGAGGAGGUGGGGCAGGAACUGCUGAGUCAAAGCUGGGGAAGAGGGACAAAAAAUAGCACCACCGACCAUUCGCACUCCACCACCUGGCACCACCUCAACCCCGCAGACGGCUCCUCUGGGCAGAACAGUAAAGCGGGCACUGGGAUGAGCAAGUCAGCCUCUUUCGCCUUUGAGUUCCCCAAGGACAGAAGUGGGGUAGAGGCAUUCUCACCUCCACCCCCACCUCCAAAGUCAAGGCACCUUUUAAAAAUGAACAAGAGCAGCUCUGAUUUGGAGAAAGUGAGCCAGGGCUCUGCAGAGAGCCUCAGCCCAUCCUUCAGGGGCGUCCACGUCAGCUUCACCACUGGCUCCACGGACAGCCUGGCCUCAGACUCCAGGACCUGCAGUGAUGGAGGUCCAUCGUAUGAGCCGGCUCACUCACCCACCAUCAGUGGGAAGCAGCUCUUUGCUCCCGUUCCGUUCCCUUCGGGCUCCACCGAGAAUGUGUCCCCCAGUGGGCCCCUGCAGCCCCCACCUCUCCCCCAGAAAAAGAUAGUGAGCCGGGCAGCUUCUUCUCCAGAUGGCUUCUUCUGGACCCAAGGCUCCCCCAAGCCCCGGCCAGCAAGCCCCAAGCUGAGCCUAAGCCACUCAGAAACCAACGUCCACCAUGAGUCUCGCUUUAGCUAUUUCUUGAACUCUGAGAGCCGCCACCAUCCUGGCUUCUCUUCUGAGCCUCUGGAGAAAGCUUUCAAAGGCAAUGGCCACUGGAUCCCAGCGCCAGGGCUGGCGGGCCACAAAAGUGGCCGUGGGAGUCCUGGCCCCCAGUACAAAGGGGCCCCCUCUGCCUCGUCCUCCCAGCUGAGCGUGUCCAGCCAGGCGUCCACCUGUAGCACCCAGCUUCAGCUCCACAGUCUCCUAAGCAGCAUCAGUAGCAAGGAGGGCACUUACACCAAGCUGGGGGGCCUCUACACCCAGUCCCUGGCUCGCCUCGUGGCCAAGUGCGAGGACCUCUUCAUGGGUGGUCAGAAGAAGGAGCUCCACUUCAGUGAGAAUAACUGGUCGCUCUUCAAGUUGACUUGUAACAAGCCCUGCUGUGACUCGGGAGAUGCCAUUUAUUACUGUGCCACCUGCUCGGAGGAUCCCGGCAGCACCUAUGCUGUGAAAAUCUGCAAGACCCCUGAGCCCAAAACGGCCUCCUACGGCUGCCCGUCCGUGCCCGUGCACUUCAACAUCCAGCAGGACUGCGGCCACUUCGUCGCCUCGGUGCCCUCCAGCAUGCUCACCUCCCCCGAGGCGCCCAAGGACCCCGCGCCCGCCUCGCCCGCGCAGCCGCCUGCCCCGGAGCAGGACUGCGUGGUGGUCAUCACCCGGGAGGUGCCGCACCAGACGGCCUCCGACUUCGUGCGGGACUCGGCGGCCAGCCACCAGGCCGAGCCCGAGGCCUACGAGCGGCGCGUGUGCUUCCUGCUCCUGCAGCUCUGCAACGGGCUGGAGCACCUGAAGGAGCACGGGGUUAUCCACCGCGACCUGUGCCUGGAGAAUCUGCUGCUGGUGCACUGCGCCCCGCAGGCCGCCACCGCCGCCGCGUCCCCGGCCCCCGCGGCGCCCGCCGAGAAGCAGCUGCCCAGGCUCAUCAUCAGCAACUUCCUGAAGGCCAAGCAGAAGCCGGGCGGCGCCCCCAACCCGCAGCAGCAGAAGAGCCAGGCCCGCCUGGCCCCCGAGAUCGUGUCCGCCUCCCAGUACCGCAAGUUCGAUGAGUUCCAGACGGGCAUCCUCAUCUACGAGCUGCUGCACCAGCCCAACCCGUUCGAGGUGCGCGCGCGGCUGCGGGAGCGCGACUACCGGCCCGAGGACCUGCCGCCGCUGCCCGCGCGCUCGCUCUACUCGCCGGGCCUGCAGCAGCUGGCGCACCUGCUGCUCGAGGCCGACCCCAUCAAGCGCGUGCGCAUCGGCGAGGCCAAGCGCGUGCUGCAGUGCCUGCUCUGGGGGCCCCGGCGCGAGCUGGUGGAGCAGCCGGGCUCCUCGGAGGAGGCGCUGUGCGCCACCCUGCACAACUGGAUCGACGUGAAGCGGGCGCUGGUGAUGAUGAAGUUCGCAGAGAAGGCGGUAGACCGCAGGCGGGGCGUGGAGCUGGAGGACUGGCUUUGCUGCCAGUACCUGGCGUCUGCGGAGCCCGGGGCCCUCCUGCAGUCCCUAAAGCUCCUGCAGCUUCUGUGAGCCCAGCCCCAGCCUGCGCCCGGCUGCCCUCCCCACUCCGGCGAGCAUCCUGUCUUCCUGGGAAAUGGUACAAAUGACUGGCAUACUUGGAUGUAGUAUAUGUACAUAUAUAAUGUGUAAAUAUGAAAGACUCCGGCUUCCCCUCCUUGCCAAGUCCUCCCCGGUUCCCUCCUGUAACUAUGUACAUUUCUAGCUCCCUGCAAGGGCCUGGGACAGUUCUGCCAACAGAAUGAAGCCCGGACUCCGGUCUCACUACCCUGUUAUACAAUCUUUCCACCCUUUUGUCAAGUUAUUUAAAAACAAACAAAAAUUUUAAAAAUCAUUUUAAAAAAUUUUAAAUCUUACCCCAGUUGCCCACGUGCGUUAUUAAUGUCUUUGGUGAGUAAAAUUGAAUGUGAACCUCUGCAACAGUGGACAAGCUCACUGGGCUUUACGUUUCUCCUGAGAUAAAACAGCUGUUUAUGAAGGCCCAGGCAUGUGGGCACCGGCUCAUCUUCCCACCUAGCAGCCUCCAGGAAUGAAUCCAGACACCACUGCUGUGAGCCAGGGAAUCCAACCCAUUGUUUAGAAUUCAACCCAUUACUCCAAACUCAUUUUCAGUUUGCUGAAGCUGGUCACCAUUUGUGUCCGUCAGAGGCCUGGCUGAAAACAGAAUCUGCCCCACAUGGUUCACGUGAAAAGACCUUGAGGGUAUCACUUACACCUAGGGGCAUCACUGUCUGGGCAGGGUUAAAAGCAAAGGUUGAGAAGGCUAAGAAGAAGGGCCAGAAUGGCAGAAUGGGGGCCCCUGCGGGAGGCAUCUGCAUCAAAGUCUCUACAGCCAGAGAUAGCUCGGUUUUCCUGUCUCUCCACUUUUGUGGGACGCCAGAUGCAGGGGAGCUUACACAGUGCAGUUUGAAAGGUCAGCCUCUAGGAGCAGGGAGAGAAGUGGAGAAUGAAUGAGGGGCCCACUGGCAAGCAGCCCCCUGUCCCCACUGUACUAGGUAAUGGCCAGGCAAAAAGAGAACUCAGGUGUUCCAAGUGCCCGACCGGUCCUCUCCCUGCUGUCCUAAACUCUUCAGUUAUCUUUUUAUACAUUUAUUGGCAUCUACUAUCUAUUGUAGUGAAUAUCUUCCCCAUGCCUUUAAAAACACACAAUCUUUCCUCUUCAAAACUCAACACACAGACACAAAGCCAGAUGUUGCCUCUUGGAAGAAAAAUAGCCCCAAGACCCUUGCAUGUCUACCGAACCGGUAAUCUUUCAACUAGCAAAUUAUUAAUCUCUAAAACCUUGUUAGCAACUGCAGACAGUUAGAAACAAACACAGAAAUCACAAUGGAUGUCCUAGAAAUCUGCAGAUGCUGUUAGCAAGCAGGACAGGAACUCUGGCAGGUGCUCUCCUGCAUGUUAAGUCCACUCCUUUUACAAGUUCUACCUUCCAGUGUCUGACUACACAGAAACACAUCCACAUUCCCAUCCCAGACAUCUGUGGUGAAGGCAGCACCUAGGGGCACGUUUGUAAUUUCAGUUGUUUGAGCAUUGAGAAAAGAGCGAGCUAAAAUCAGCUCCCAACUAGGUUUGCCCAAGAGAAAAGGAGUCUUUGAAUAUAGAAAUCAGAAUUCUCCCUAGCACCAAUCUGUUUCAGAGGGUAGUAUGUUGUCAGUUGUUUGCUCCUUGGAAUUUUCCAGACAAACCUUCUGCCCUCAAUUUGCUAUCUUCUGCUUUCUUGUUAUUUUUCACUUCAAAUAAAUAAAUAAUGGUGAGGGGAGAGAAAACAUUCUGCCAAGAGAACACAGUGCCAUUGAAACACUUAUUUCAGAGGCACAUUUUUAAUCCCUGAAUUAAUUGCACCUUUUUUAUAUGCCACCCACUUCAGAAAAAAGAUGAUCGAGGUUGCAAAAACGGUUUUAAGAACCAAAAUGAACCAUGAAGUAAAGGUGGAAAAAGAAGAAUAAAUAAUCAGAAUAAAUUCUGAUUGAGAAGAAUGAGAGCUUCUGAGCCACCCGCUAAACUAGGAAAAGAAAAACUACUGGUUGCAGCAUUUUUUUUUUUUUGUAUGUGUAUAAUUUUAGGAAACAGUUCAGUUCAUCAGAGGAAACAAAACAUCUUUGCCCAGUGUUUGGUUCUGAAGGAAAUGUAUCAAAGAUCUUUUUGUUUGAAGACACUGAAUCAUGUCCCAAUAGCAGUUUUAAAAAAAGUAUUUUUUAAUGUAUUUUUUAAAAGAUAGGGCAUUUUUUAUAUCUACCAUUGGUGAAAUCCAAGCGUGUAGCCUCCCAUCCUUGUUCCAUCAAGGUGCUUCUGCAGACUAAUGGCCGCCCAUUCAUCUCUGUGGUUUGGCCUUUGCCAUAAUGAUUAGUCAUGUGGCUAUAAAUACUACCCUUGGCAAACAACUUCAGUCACACCAAAUUCAGAGGCUCAAUACAAAUGGGUUUUUGUUACCUCAAAAUAUACCUGGGAUACACAGCUUUAUCUCACAGAAACCUCUACCAUGACAUCAAUUAAGUCCAGAAACCAUAGUUUGUCCUGCAGGGCUGAGGUUCAGAAUUAAUCAGAGACCUUUGUAUGAGGACAGUUACACAGCGCCUGCUUAUUUGAUGCUUCUGUUGUCGGUGAGUUCCUCUUUCCCCUUUUUGUUGACUUUGAACCCAACAACUGAUAUUUAAAUCUCUAGUAUUUCUCCUUUCCAGCCCUGAGUUAAGCCGCCCCCAUAUCUUUUCCACAUAUGUAAUUUUUAUUGUUAGUGGGCCUUUCUCAUUUUCAUACCAAGAUGUGAAAUCUUUUCUCCGAAUUUUUUUUUUUUUUUUUUGUUAAAUGUAGGCGUUAUACAGCCUCACAGCUAAAUUAUUACAUCCUUGCCAGAAGCCAGAGAGGCACUUCUGGGAUUAUUUAUUUAUCGUAACAUAUGGCUCAGAUCUAAAAAGACUGGGCUCCAGGGAGCUGUAGUUACCACUUUACAUAACACUUCCUGGUUUCCAAGAGCUGGAGAAAACUCUUUUGAGAUGUACACAUGUACACAAAACCAAUUAGGAAGACUUUGAAGAGAGCAGACACAUGUUAGUUUGAUGAGUUCUCUGAAAUUGGCUCUUUAAAUACGUAACCAAUAAAUGAAGCAGCCCUUCCCACUUUGCUGAAUUUCUCAAAAUCUUUGGAUAUCUAACGUCGAGCUUGCCAAAUCUCUCUAAAUGUAGUAGAUUUGUAAUGAAAAUCCAUUUGCCAUAUUCAGUAGAGGCGGAUGUGAAUGGACUCAAUUCAUUAGAAACCAAAACUUAACCCAGCUGAUGUCAUUGCUAAAAAUAAAAGACAAGAAUAAGUUCUUUGGGCAAGUGCUAUGAAGUGAGUGUUUUGACAGAUUAUUCUUCAUUUCUCUUUUCUAGUGCUAAUUAAUAUAGGCAAAGGGGCAGUCCAAAUUAACCCCCAAAUGAUACUGUCAAUG